AUGGAUUUGGCAAUGCGCAUGAGGGCGUCCAUCAUUCUGAGAGCGGUUCUCCGGAUCGAGUCAUCUGUCACAGAGCAGCAGCCGGAGCAGACUCUACAACUCACUCUCACCUCACCACACAGAGCAGACUCUACAGCUCACCUCUCCACACAGAGCAGACUCUACAGCUCACCUCACCACACAGAGCAGACUCUACAGCUCACCUCACCACACAGAGCAGACUCUACAGCUCACCUCACCACACAGAGCAGACUCUACAGCUCACCUCGCCACAAAGAGCAGACUCUACAGCUCACCUCACCACACAGAGCAGACUCUAGAGCUCACCUCACCACACAGAGCAGACUCUACAGCUCACCUCACCACACAGAGCAGACUCUAGAGCUCACCUCACUACACAGAGCAGACUCUACAGCUCACCUCACCACACAGAGCAGACUCUACAGCUCACCUCACCACACAGAGCAGACUCUAGAGCUCACCUCACCACACAGAGCAGACUCUACAGCUCACCUCGCCACACAGAGCAGACUCUACAGCUCACCUCACCACACAGAGCAGACUCUACAGCUCACCUCACUACACUAUAGAGGCUUCUUCUGGGCGACAUGGUAG